CUCGGGAGGUGAGGAGGAUGACGCCACCAUCAUCGCCGGCGAAUGCAGGGCCCGGGGUUGAGGAGGCGAGGGGCACGGCCACGGCGCCGGUGAAGACCGAGGCUGGCGGGGACGGCGGCGCCCUCAUCAACAUCAAGGUGCACAGCCAGUUCGCCGAGGACGUGUUCUUCCGCGUCAAGCGCACCGUGAAGCUGCGGCGGCUCAUUGACAUGUUCUGCGGCAAGCACUCGCUCGACCCCAAGGCUGUCCGGUUCCUGGACCCCGGUGGCCGCCACAUACGAGCCACGCAGACGCCGGACGAGGUCGGGCUCGAGGACGGCGACGCGAUCGACGUGUGGCUCGACCAGGAGGGCGGCGGCGUCUUUUGUAAUCCUAGGCGUCAACACCUAGGAUUCCUAGGAGUUUUGCAGUUGGUUUGAACUUUGCUUGCCGCGGUGCUGAGGUCUCGUUUAUUUGAACUUCUGUAAUCUGUGUUCGCGAUGACUAUUCCCUGCCUAGGAAUCCUAGGUGCGUUGAACUAGUUUAGCAGCUUGCUAGCUUGAAAGUCAGGUUAGUCAGCUGUUGUCUUUUCUUGCUGUUACUGUUUCUCCAAACUCUAAACUCUGUAAUUCCGUUUUCGUAAUGGAAUUGGGGAC